AUGAUUGAGACUCUGUUGGCUUAUGGUGCUACAGAAGAUUUGGGAGAAACAGAAUUCAUCAACAUAGCCAAGGAAGAAACUGGAGUCAUUCUGACCUUAAAUGACAUUCUUGAAGCCCCAGAAGGAAGUGUGUACAAGCCUUCAAGAAAAAUGAAGCAUGAUGCUUCUGCAAUUGUGAUGGAGGUUCAGAAGAAAUCUAAGAAGAAGGUUUCCAAUUCUAAAUUAAUCUCAAGCUCAAGUGCUUGCUCUGUGUUUGAUAACAUUGAAUUUAGACCUCUUGUGGUUGAACCUUUUCAAGUUAUUCCUCUUGAAACUAAACCCUCUGAUUUUCAACAAAAUUUCCAAACCAUUUAUGUUGAACCAGGCCUAACAAACCUUGUUCAAAUUGAAAUUCUAGUUCAACCGGAAACUAAACAAACUGGAGUCGAGAAAGACACCCUACACCAAACCAACACUGAAAACCGCCUUGUUCAACCUCAACCAGAAUUUGAAUUCCAAUAUGACCUUGAACAAGUAAUCUUGAAUCAACCUCCACCAGAAGCCACAAAAGACCAAACUUUACCUGAAAUACACCUUAACCAACAAACUCAACUGUAUGAUCAUCAUCUUUCUCCUACUAGAGAAGCAAUUGUCGUGUCAAAAUCUGGCACAAUAGCUAUAUCUACUACCUCUACACAUAAUCCCUCUUAA